GUCCCGCUCGAAGCUCACAUCAUGAGCAAAUGCCCCGAUGCCAAAGAUUGCCUUAAGGACUUGAUCUUGCCCGCCAUGGUACGCAUCAGCAAUAAGGUCAACUUUACGCUGUCGUACAUCGGAACUCCGACCGAAAACGACGGAGUCGACUGCAAACACGGGCCCGGCGAGUGUAUGGGCAACAUCAUUGAGCUAUGUGCUGCACACCUCUACCCCGAUCCGAAGAUCUAUCUCGGAUUCACCAUGUGCCUGACUAAGGACUUCGAGAACAUCCCGCAAAGAGAGCUUGUGGAGGAUUGCGCACUCGAACAUGCUAUCGACUUUGACAAGUUGCACGAUUGCGCGACUCAGGAUGACGGAGCGCUGGGCAUUCACAUGCUGAGAAAAAGUGUCCAACGGUCAUCUAAGGCCGGAGUGACGAAGAGCUGUACGGUCCGAUUGAAUAAUGAGAUCUACUGUGUCAGGGACAAUGGCGAGUGGGAUUGUCCGAAUCCUGGGGUCAAUGACCUGGUUAUUGCGGUGGAGAAGCUUUACGGGAGG